AUGUACAGUACUAUUUUACCAUUAUCACAAUUAGCAAAUUUUAUCCCAAUUCCCCCGCCCAUUUUUCUGGUCCCAUUUAUUCUCACCAUUUUCACCUAUCCGCAUUCUUCACUAAAAACAGAGAAAAACAAGGGUUUUCUUCAAGCACCUCAUCACGCAAUCUCGGUCUUGGUCUCGGCCGUCGCGAAUCUCCACGCUAAUCUUCACCUAAAACCUCAUCUUCACUCAAUCUCGGUUGUCGCACAUCUUUACGCAAGCUCGGUCUCGGUCUCGGUCGUCGCGAAUCGAGAGAGAAAUAGGGUGUUUCGCAGUGUUCGGUUUGUAGGAUACCAUCUUCACGCACACGUCGCCCGCGAUGGCGAAUGGCCGCAAAAGACUAGCAGUAUCCAAAUCGGACCUCUUGAAGAAGCAGAAACAACGAAGAAAUCGAAAUCUGGCGGCUUCGAAUCGCUCGGGUUGAGCCCCGAUGUCUACAAUGGCGUCAAGAACGGAUACAGAGUGGCGAACCCUACCCAGCACAUGACCAUACCCUUAAUCCUCUCUGGAUACGAAGUCAUCUCCAUGCCCCCGCACUGGAUCCGGCAAAACGGCGGCGUUCCUAAUCCCCAUGCUCCAGAGUCCAGAAGCUCCCGCAUCACACAUGCCCCAGGCUGGAGUUAG